UACAGGUUCCACUGUUGUGAAUUGUGGAAAGGGAAGGAGGAGCCCAGGAGGGGCCCCAAGAAAAGAAAGGCAGAUCUGCUCUGUGAUUAGAAUGGAAGACAUCACUACUAAGAGGAAACUAACACUGUAGUCUUGUGCAGAAAAAGGGCAGAGACUACAGCCACUGCAUCAGGGACUGGUGGCAGCCCAAAGUGGCUGAGGGGUGGCCGCCACCAACAGGGAGGUAGACGGCCAGCGAGCGAAGCGCUGGGGACACCGCUGCAGUGCUCUUUGCCUGUCUCGCCGCGCUCCUACACAGGCUCCUCAUCUAUGGAUCCUACCCUCCCCGCUCUUGCAAGCACUCACUCAGCGAGUCGCCUGUUGACCCUCCUUCGCCACAGGCUCACAGCAGAGGCAGCAGCGAGCAGGCAUGAAGACCCCCAACGCACAGGAAGCCGAAGGGCAACAAACCAGGGCAGCUGCAGGACGGGCCACUGGGUCUGCAAACAUGACAAAGAAAAAAGUCUCCCAAAAGAAGCAGAGAGGCAGACCUUCAUCCCAGCCCCGCAGGAACAUCGUGGGCUGCAGAAUUUCUCAUGCAUGGAAGGAAGGAGAUGAGCCCAUCAUGCAGUGGAAAGGAACCGUUCUGGAUCAGGUGCCUAUAAAUCCCUCUCUUUAUCUGGUGAAAUAUGAUGGAAUUGACUGUGUCUAUGGAUUGGAACUUCACAGAGAUGAAAGGGUUUUGUCUCUUAAAAUUCUUUCUGACAGGGUGGCAUCAUCUCACAUUAGUGAUGCCAACCUUGCAAAUACCAUAAUUGGCAAAGCAGUGGAACACAUGUUUGAGGGAGAGCAUGGUUCUAAGGAUGAAUGGAGGGGGAUGGUCUUAGCUCAAGCACCUAUCAUGAAAGCCUGGUUUUAUAUUACCUAUGAGAAAGAUCCUGUCUUGUACAUGUACCAGCUUCUAGAUGAUUAUAAGGAAGGUGACCUCUGCAUCAUGCCAGAAUCCAGUGAGUCUCCUCCAACAGAGAGGGAGCCAGGAGGAGUUGUAGAUGGCCUAAUAGGUAAGCAUGUGGAAUAUACCAAAGAAGAUGGCUCCAAAAGGAUCGGCAUGGUCAUUCACCAAGUGGAAGCCAAACCCUCUGUGUAUUUCAUCAAGUUUGAUGAUGAUUUCCAUAUCUAUGUCUACGAUUUGGUGAAAAAGUCCUAACUGUUAGGGUAAAAUUUGGCACAUGUGUGGAAACAAAUGUAUAAUCUGUAGACAUGCAAAAAAUGUUGCCUUUCAGUGUACUGAAAGCUUAUGGAAUCCCUGAUAACUAAACAUCUUUGCCAGCAUUAACUGUUGUUUUGCUCUAAAAAAUACAAAUUUGUGUAUACAUGACAUGCUGUGUGUAAGCCCUUUGUCU